CCAUCACCAGCAUAUCUCUCCGCGACCGGCCUCGGCCCCGCCACCGAAGGCCCCAUCGCUCCUCUGCCAUCACCCACCACAGAAACAAAUCCCUCAACAACAACGACGACAGUCCUCAACAUAAGCCUCAUGCUCACGACCGGAGCCCGACACCCUUACACGCUCGACGAGAAAUACCUGCACAGCCGAAAAGUCACCACAACCGUCGACAAAACCACAGGGGACUUCGACCCUCGCUUGCUCUCGGGCUAUCAACUGAAGGAAUUGAUCUGGAUCGACUGGCGGAGCGAAUGGGAGCCACGGCCCGCGAAUCCGAGCUUCAUCCGCCUCAUCCUCAUGGGGCGGAUGCUGGAGGACAAAGUCGCGCUGAGAGAAUACCCCUUUAACCUCUCCGCCGUCAACGUCGUCCACAUGACCGUCAAACCCGCCGACCUGCACGACGACGACGACGCCGCCGGCGCGGGCAAAGGGUCGAAAUCGGGCCACGGGGGUUUCCGAAGAGGCGGUGGUCGGGAUGAUGAUCACGAGGAGGACGACCGGGGCGCGGGAUGUCGAUGCGUGAUUUUAUGA